CAUGCUAGGAUUUUCUCCUAGCAUGAUCGAUGCGAUCCAAUCUCUCCGCGACAUGAACCUCAUCUCCACUAUCAUCAGCCGCCCGGACGAGCUGGCUCUCCUUGCUGCAAACCGCACGCUGCUCUUUGUCGAGAACGAGGGCGACCGGGCCUUCCUGCGAAACUGGAUGGCUAGGAUUGACCCCGGCAGAGCGGCAAACUUCCUCGGGAAAGUCGUCGUCGAUCAGCUGUCAGGAAAGAAGACUCCCCAUCAGUACGUCGAUGUCGCGAAGACAGCUGCCAGGCUUUUGGGCAAGUUUGCUACCGACGCGGAAAUCAGUGUUGCCGUUGUGGUCGACAACGAUUCCCGCCCUCAGCACCUCGCUGGCGUUGACAGACAAUCCUUCUUCGGUCUCUGCCGGGAUGCUCAGGGAAUUUCGUCCGAAGGCUGCGAGUAUCUCACCCUGCAGAGGGUAGAAGCAGGGAGCUACUAUGUCGACAAGUCGGCCAUCCUAGCACUGAUCGAAAACGGAGAGGCCAAGCCUUGGGGUCGCGAUGCCCGUCCCGACGAUCUUAGCGCGUGGUACGACCAGCUCGUCACUGAUAGCCUGGACGCGAUCGAGUACCGCUUUGUCACCGAGAAUGUGACCAAGAUGAUGGCGGCGAAGAAGAGUGACAAAAACAUCGGCAAGUCCUGCUUUCCAGGAGGGAUCGUGCAAGGUCGCUCUGACGAUUGGGACGCUGCUGCGAAGUGCUACCAGCUUGUCGUCGAGGCCAAGGAUUUCCUCGCUGCCUGUGGGAUCAAGUCCAACCACUAACCUCGGCUGGCUUCGAGCAUCGAUCCCGUCCCCGACGACAUUAACCGGGUCGUCCUGGCUCUGUUCAAGUGGGCCGGAGUUUAAGUGGGAAUCCGACGGCGUGUGGUCCAAGGACUCGUUUUGAGUGACCCUGUCGCUGCUGUUGGCCGCCGCGGCAUGGCCCCCUUGUUGGCCUCAGCCCCAAAAGCGGAA